AUGAUGGACACAGUGACGGACCUGGUCCGAUGCGUCGCUUUAGUGGGCGUCGUGGUCGCUCUGUUGUCGCUUUUGCGGAGCCGUCGGGCGGGGGCCCGCCUCCCACCUGGCCCGCCCGCGUCGCUGUGGAGUGGCGCGUCUUACAUCCCCACCCAGCAUCCCUGGCGAAAGCUCAAGGAGUACACCGACACCUACGGCGACCUCGUCACCGUCCAACUGGGUCAUGGUCGCCACCUCUUUGUCUGUGGCACAGCCACCUCGGCCGAUGCGAUCCUCAACAAACAGAGCGGCGCAACCAAUGGCCGACCGCACCUUAUCAUGGCGGGCGACCUCCUCUCGGGAGGAAAACGGCUCCUGAUCAUUGAUCAUGGCGACCGCUUUCGCAAGUACCGCAAGAUCAUGCACGAGUCCCUCAACAACACCGUCGCCGUCAACUACGAGGGCAUUCAGGAGAAGGAAGCGACCCUCACUCUCGAGGCCAUCGGCCAGGACCCCGGCAACUUUCGACGCCAAUUUGGUCGUUAUGCAGCCAGUGCGAUCAUGACCAUCACGUACGACCACCCCGUACGCUCCCUUGAUGACCCGCUCGUGGUCAGAGUCAAUGAGUGCCUGGGCGCGCUGGGCGAAUGGAUCAACCCAGCCGCGUCACCCCUCGACUCGUAUCCGAUCCUGCGAUACGUGCCCACGGCCAUCAACCCGUGGAAGAAGCUCGGCGAGAGAUUGCACAAACGGGAGUUGAACCUCUUUCUGGAGGUGUACAGAGAUGUGCGCCGUCAGGCACAGGCGGGAAAAGCCCAGACGUGCUUUGCAUCACAGCUGCAGGAGCGUCAGCAGGAGUACGGCCUUUCGGACGAAGAAGCCUGCUACGUCGCUGGCAGCCUCUUUGGUGCAGGCUCCGACACGACGGCGAGCGCCCUCGCAAUCUUCGUCAUGGCCAUGAUCACGCAUCCCCGCGUCAUGAAAAAGGCACAGGAGGAGCUCGAUCGCGUCGUUGGACCCGGCCGUCUGCCAGCUUUCUCCGACUUUGAUGAUUUGGUCUACGUGCGAGCUCUUUGCCAGGAAGUCAGCCGAUGGCGGCCAGUGUCCUCGGGUGGCUUCAGGCAUUCCCUGACCGAAGACGUGCACUACAAGGGCUUCGUCCUGCCAAAGGGUAGUGCAGUCGUGGGCAAUCACUGGUCGAUUCAUCUGGAUCCGCAAGAGUACCCGAACCCAGAUGAAUUCAAGCCUGAGCGGUUCCUCAGCGACGAUGGUGCAAGCGUAAAGGGGACAUGGUUUUCGCCAAAAGGGCACUACCAGUUUGGCUUCGGAAGGCGAGUGUGCGUCGGAUCCAAUGUCGCCGAGCGGUCCAUCUUCAUAAACGCUGCGAUGCUUCUCUGGGCUCUUGACAUGCGAGCGCCCAACAACGACGUGGCAAGCGUCGACACGCUCGCAUUCAACAGCGCCGCCAACUCCCAUCCGCUUCCCUUUGAUGCCGACAUCAAAUACAGGUCCGAGCGGCACAAGGCCGUGGUGCAGGAAGCGAGAUCGUCAAUUGAUUGA